AUGCUGUGGAUAUCAUGUCUCCCAACUGCGUCUCUCUUUCUUCUGCUUCUCCCGUGCUUCCCUGGCCAGAACGGUGAAGAAAAUGAACAGUCAACAGACAUUAUCAGUGUUUGGGAAGGAGACUCCAUCAGCAUAACUUGCUCAAUGAAAGGUUCAGAAAAUGAAGUGGGAACAUACUUGAAAACUAGCAUACUGCCGGUCAAUGUGAUAUAUGUUUCCAAGCAGAAUACUUCAUAUAUCCUUCCUGCUUUGGCUAAUCGCAUCAAGUAUUCAAAGGAAGGAAGGAAUCUCAGGAUAACUCUGCACAAUGUACAGGAAUCUGAUUCUAAUAUCUACCAAUGCACUAGGUUUAUUAAAAACAAAGGCCAUCACAAAAAGCUGGAUGGGAAGACAACCAUACUAGUGGUGAAAGCUAAAAGCAGUGGAGUUGUUGAACAGUCACCACUCUAUGUCAAUGCUCAGCAAGGCCAGUCUAUCAACAUUACCUGUGCAUUGGAAAGCUCACUUGAAGAUGAAGGGAUCUACUUGCUCAGGACUCACGUGCAACCUGAAAGAGUGCUGUAUGUUUCAAGUGAGAAUGCUUCAACCAUUUUUCCUGCUUUUGCUAAUCGCUUGGAGUAUUCAAAGGGAGAAAAGAAAAUAGUGAUAACUCUACACAACCUACGGAAAAGCGACAGUGAUAUAUAUGUAUGUGCUGGGGUGUUGAAAAAUUCCUCUUUCUUCUCAGUGAACAGAAGUGGCACCAUCAUGCUAAUUAAAGAAGUGGAGCAGACAGACUGCAGUAAUAGUUCCUGGGGCAUCUAUGGUCUUACCAUUGUGGUAGUGCUACUGUUUUCUGCGCUGAUAUGCUGCACCUUGUACCGUGUCAAUAUGAAGAAAUAUUUCCAGAAAAGAAAACCAAACGCAGUAUAUGAAGAUAUGUCUUUCAGUUCUAGACAUAACACCUUGAUCAGAACCAACACUUACUCCAUUGGCAAUUAA